UCCCGCUGGAAUAUUAGCUUCCUUGUUUCAUAUCCAGGACGGUGUCAGAAGAGACAGGAACAGCAUCUUCUUAACACAAAGACAGAGGCAACAAUGGCGGAGAGAGGCCCACGCUCACAGCUAACCAUGCCUCUUAUCCUGCUGGUGGCCUGGUUGGCUGUGGCCAGUGCAGAAAGUUUCCAUAAGUUCCUGAACCAGCAUGUGGACUACCCAAUGACCGAGGUUCCCGACGCCCAGCGUUACUGCAGCCUCAUGAUGAAACGGCGCAACCUGGCGACCACCAACCAUUGCAAACACCUCAACACUUUUGUCCACGUGGACGUUUCCCAGAUCCAGGCCGUGUGCGGCCAGGGAGGAGAGCCCACCACAGGUGACCUCCGAGAAAGUUAUGCCAGCUUCCCCCUCACGCUGUGUAAGCUUCAGAGGGGCUCCUGGGCCCCGGAUUGCAAAUACGAAGGAACCACCAACACUGAAAGAAUCAUCAUAGCCUGUGAAGGGGGAAACCCUGUCCACUUGCAGACAGAAGUCCCGAAUUAUGGAGGGCCCGACGACGUGUGAAAUGGAGGCCCCGGGAAGCAAUCCAGCUAUCUCCCCUUCUGUCCCUCUUUCACACACACACACACACUUUCCCCUUAUAUCUACUAAGAAUAAAAUCUCAUUUCAAUUCACAUAUUUCACUAUCUCAAAAAUAAA